GUGGUGGCAGCAAUGGAAGCAAUGGAAGAAGUGUCGGCUGGAAGGGUGGAGGUGUGUGCGGUGCGUCAGCGAGGCCCUGGCCGCCCAUAUCGUCCAAGUCCCGGUCUUCGCUAGAUGGCCCUGCAGCCGAGCGGCUGGCGCGUGCGUGGCGGGGAGUGGCGGCUUGCAUCAGUGUACCUGUGGCAGCCGUGAGGAUGAGCGGUGUCUGGCUGAGGUCCCAUUGCGCCGCAGUUGGGACGGGCGGCGCCCACACCCGCACUCCGGGCUGUUGAGCGCGGCGCAGCCACGCUGUCGGCAGGCCGCUCAGGCCCGCCCUGAGCACCGGCCGCAGCAGCAGCAACGCUCGCGACGCUGCUUCUGCUGCUGGUGGUUGAGGUGGUGGCGGUGGCUGUUCGUGGCCGCCCCCGCCCACCAGCACCAGCAGUGUCCCCCUCAGGAGGAGGAGGCGGACGGCGGGCACCAAGACGGGCUGCCGCGCCCGGAGGGAGACGCGCUGGGCCAGGCGCAGCACAAACCAGCGAAAAAGCGCCCCCAACAGGGCCAGGGGAGCCGGGCAGGCCCGCCCAACGGCGACGACAGCGGGAGCCCCAAGCAGGGCGGCGGCGGCGGCGGCAGCAGCAGCAUGGCGCUGGCCAAGGCCGCGACAACCCCGCCUGGUCACUGCUUCGUCAAGCGCACCUUCCACAAGCCCGUCUACUGCCAUCACUGCACCGACUUGCUCUGGGGCAUCAUCGGCCAAGGAUACACUUGCGAGGUCUGCAACUUUGUGUGUCACGACAAAUGCCUCAAGACGGUCGUGUCGCCAUGCUCCAGCGUGGCCUCCACCCUCGUGAAGACUCCGGUGGCUCACUGCUGGUCAGAGCCAAUUCACGUUCGUCGCCGCCACUGUAAUGUCUGCCGCAAGAAACUGGACGAUACAUUAGCCCUGAAAUGUGAAGUGUGCGAGUACUUUGUGCACGUGGACUGCGAGGACUUCGUGGUUCCAAACUGCAAGGACUGCGCCAUCUUUAUCCUGGACAAGACUCUUCCCCAAGUGGUACAACAACACCACUGGCGUGAGGGAAACUUACCUGCCAACUCAAAAUGUGUGGUGGACAAGAAGACAUGCUGGACGGGCCGAGUGUCUGGCGGGCUGCGGUGCGAGUGGUGCGGCUACACGGUGCACGCCAGCUGCUCCAGCAGGGUGCCGGAGACAUGCACCUUUGGACUGCUGGAACCCAUCAUGCUGCCCCCGAGUGCUGUAAGCAUCCCACGAACAGAGGUGCCCAUGGAAGCCAUCAUUGGGGUACAGAACAGGAGGAAGGACACGCUCUCCCGCGAAUCAAGGAGCAUCUCUGAGGAGUUCGUGAGUGAGGGCUACAAGGCGCGUGAGUCUGAGGAGCCAGCCAUGAGGGAGAGAUCCAAGGACAGGGAUGAGAAGGACGAAGAGGUGGUCAAGGUGUUUGAUGGCAACAGCUCCCAGAGGCGCCGCAUGUUCCGCCCCAUCACGAUCUCCAAGACUGCCUCGGUGGCGGAGUUCCUGACGGCGGCGCUGCGUGCUUUCCACCUGCCGCAGGAGGUCGGUAAUACCUACCUGACGGACGCCUCUGCUGCCGAGGAGACCGAGCUGACUGAUGCCUUGCCCGUGUCCAAGCUGACCCGUCGGGAUGGCAAGCGACCAGCGGUGUUCCUCAGAUACAGGGAGAAAGGCAAUGAUGAGGGCCAGAUUCACGUAUACCCGUCUCGCUUGGGCGGUGCUGUGGGCGUGGAACAUACAGUGCUGCCCGUCACCUCCCACACCUGCGUCACGGAGGUCAUCUCGCUGGCCCUCAAGAAGUUCGACUUGCCUGACGCCAACCCUGAGGACUACCGCCUGGUGGAGGUCAUGCUGGACAAGGGAGUAUCAGAGAGGGUGAUGGAGAAUUCUGAGCGCCCCUGGGAGCUAAUGAAGGCCGUGGCGAGGGAGAGUGUGCGGCAGAUGGAGAUGAUGCGCUUCUAUCUCCAGCUAGCAAAGGACCCCCACGGCUCCAACAUUGCUCUCUUCGUCGGCAACCUUCCCCCGAACCUGUCCCAGCGCCAGUACGACAAUAUACUGACUGACAUCCUCGGAAACGCUGCCGGCUACAAGUACUCCAGCAUCGGCCCCAUCUACUACGAGUACGGGUCAAUGGUCAUUACCUACGAAGACUCUGACUUGGCAGUGCGGGCCUUCUACACCCUGAGGGAAUCCCGCUACGACGACAAGACUCUGCUGGUGAUGCUGCUGCCUAACGUACAGCCCCAGCUCAUCCCCGAUGGCGUCCAGCCGCUGCUCGUGUUCGUCAACGUGAAGUCUGGCGGGUGUCAGGGCUUGCAGCUGAUCCACUCCUUCAGGAAGCUCCUCAACCCUUACCAAGUGUUCGACCUGGACAACGGAGGACCGCUGCCGGGGCUGUACGUGUUCCGCAAGGUAAAGAGCUACAAGAUCCUGGUCUGUGGCGGGGACGGAACCAUCGGUUGGGUGCUGCAGUGCUUGGAUAACGUCGGGCAGGACUCGGAGUGCGAACACCCUGCUUGCGCUAUCGUUCCCCUGGGCACCGGUAACGACCUGGCCCGUGUGCUGCGCUGGGGCCCGGGUUAUAACGGCGGCGAGGACCCCAUCAACCUGCUGAAGGACGUGAUUGAGGCCGAGGAAGUGAGGCUGGACCGCUGGACUGUGGUGUUCCAUGUGGACGAGAAGAUGGAAGACAAACCCACCCAGACCAACUCCACCGCCGGGUCCACCAGCGAGGACAACACCCAGAUCUUCGUAAUGAACAACUACUUCGGUAUCGGCAUCGAGGCGGAGCUGUGCCUCGACUUCCACAACGCCCGCGAGGAGAACCCCAACAAGUUCAACAGCAGGCUGCACAACAAGAGCGUGUACGUCAAGAUGGGGCUGCGCAAGAUGGUCUCCCGCAAGCUCUGUAAGGACCUGCACAAGGAGAUACGCCUCGAGGUGGACGGCAAGCCUGUGGAGCUGCCGCCGCUGGAGGGAGUCAUCAUCCUCAACAUCCUGUCGUGGGGGUCAGGAGCCAACCCUUGGGGGCCAGAGAAGGACGACCAGUUCAACAAGCCCAACCACUGGGACGGACACCUUGAGGUUGUGGGAGUGACUGGCAUCGUCCACCUCGGUCAGAUCCAGUCAGGCCUGCGAUCUGCCAUCCGCAUCGCCCAGGGAGGUCACAUCCGUAUCAAGCUGAACUCCGAGCUGCCGGUUCAAGUGGAUGGUGAACCGUGGAACCAGGCGCCCGGCGAGGUGGUGGUUCUCAAGUCGGCCCUCAAGGCUACCAUGCUGAAGAAGACUUCCAAAUCCAAGCUGAAGCGACGCAACACUGAGCCGUCGAUGGCCGGGGCUGAGGUUCCCCGCCUAGAGGUACGGCCAGAUCCCGCUUCCUCACACCCCCUCUAGUGCGACACCCUCAACACCUCCAGUCUAUCUAUGGGCGAUUAUAAACCUCCCAUACCUCGUGUUUAUCUACAUCCCUGAUAACCUCAAGAUAUUUUCCUCUAUAUCUUCACUACCAAUAUUGCAUUCUACUCUCGCUGAUACUCCCCACACUCUCCCCACACAUGGUGGUCCUAUAAUAAUCUCUCCCUCCCCCCACUCCAGCUCCUCCUCUGCUUCCCAACAAUCUUUUCAUUGCCUCGCCACAUCAAAUACCUUCCUUGUAAUAGUCUUUUACCCCUCCCGCUUCCUCCAGGCCUUAUCCUUAUCCUCAUCCAUCUACCCCUUUCCUCCUCUCCUCCCUCCCCUCUCCCCCAAGCAGCAGGGACAGUCGCCUGCCGUAACUGAAUCAUCAAGAACCAAGAGAACAACUACUACUACUACUACGAUUAGCGACUAUUGCCAAGACCCGCUUACCACAAGACUGCAGAGAACGCGAGUACACGAGACUGGCGGCCGGCGGUGACUGGAAAACACACGUGGCCAGCCAGUCAGUCGGUCAAUCAUACAGUCAGUCACCCAGUCACAAACCAAGACAUUCCAAAUGAGUGGAGAUGUAGGAGGAGUGGGUGAAAUAUAUAUCUAGCAGGUCCCCUCCUUCACUCCUCACUCCUCACUCCUCCACCCUGUCCUCUUCUCUUCCUUUUGUCCGGCGCCCGAUCAGGUUGGCUCACGAGCUUGUGGGAGUCGUUACCUUCCCUUCCCCUUCCUCCGCCAGCAGACGCCCGGCAGGAGGGACUGGGUGACUGACGCUGAACUUUCAUGGUUGAAAAGGACCAUUGUUAAAGGAAUUUGCCACAACGCACGUGACUGUUAGGAUACAAGAAGCAAGCACGUCCCAGUGGCUGAUUAUUAUUAUUAUUAUUAUUAUUAUUAUUAUUAUUAUUAUUAUUAUUAUUAUUAUUAUUAUUAUUAUUAUUAUUAUGUUCGUUUCGUCGUCCGUUUUCCAGUACAUGCUCCUCUAUUAUGUCUCGCCUUCCAUGCCUCAAAAAAAUUAUUAUAUUAGUUGUCACAAAGUUAACAGCUCACGGCCCACCAAGUAAGAAGAAAAAAAGUAUAAGAAAAACCAGACGACGUUAAGAAGCCCGCAGUGCACGACGGAGGCGCCGGAGACACAGACAGCAGGCUUGAGGAUGAAGUGUUGGAGAAGGUGAGGCGGAGCAAAGACUGACUGGGACAUCGCCACGGUAAACCCUCAAGCAGGUUCCGUCACGAGUACAGGAGUUUCCACGCCCACACUGUUUUCUGAGUGCCAAAGCAAUGCUGGUGAUGGUGGUCAUCAUCAUCAUUAUCAGCAGCAGCACUGCUCGCUUUGAUCCGCGUCUGUCUCCAUGACUCGCUUAUUCAGUCCCGCACCUUUUGGCAACACAGCCCAACCGGCACCCAUGUUGUUCUGUUGCAUUUUGUAUAUAGAGGAUGUAAAUGUUCUUUAUUUCUUAUCGAUAGGGUUAUUAUGAUGACAAAGAUUGCAAUACCUCAAGAGUCGUUCCAUAGGUUAAUUAACUGAGGAGUUUUUGUUGACUUAUUACGAAAGAUGUAGUUAUUUUUUAUCGUGGAUCAAUUUAUACAAAUGUCAGGAUAACCUGCACCUUGCAAUGUUUCGUUACCUGAUAGCCUGUUACGUAAGGACUGUAGGUUACACACAGCCUCUUUACUUUCAGCAGUUUCGUAUUUAUAGGAUUUUAUGUGUAUUUUUGGCCAAGUUCUUUCAUUUGUUUAUUUAAGUAGUAAGUGUUUCACCAGUUAUGUAAGUUAAUAUGAUACCUCCACAGUAUUUUUUGGUUCACUGUAUUUCGUGUUUUGUGUGAUCACUGCCUGUUGACUUCACCGGCAAGAUCGCGUUCAGCCUCGCGUCCCAUGAUAGCAACACAUGUGAGUGUCAACGCCUCCCACGUGGACUUCGCAAAGCGCACACGUUGCGGUGUUGUCUCUGUGCCACCACUGAUACCAAACUACAUUGUGUUUGAAUGGCCACCUCGAGUUAUAGAAAUUAUAUUGGAUGUCGACCGACCUCAAGACACCAGAGAUAUUUCAAGACAGCCUCUGUGUGAUGCCAGGAAGGUACGUGUACUGACAGUCUCGGGUAAUGUCAGCGGCACAAAGGUUCUCACCAACACAAAGCUGCCGCCUUACCGAGACAGCGUGACCUCCGUAACCACUGAGAUGAACUGAUGUAUUUUGUGGGUGGCUUUUUUUUUUCCCCUCAUUCUUUUUGUGGUAACCGUGUCGAUAAUCCAAAGUUAAGGAAUUCGAGAUAUCGAGACCCACAAGCAUUCCAGCUCAAGUGGAUACUAAAUAUUGUGUGGAAAAUUAAUGCGAUUGAACUUUAACAAUGCGAGUUGAACUGGACAGCACAUCAAGAUCUUCCCGUACAUGUGGGCGACCCAGAGGGUCGGACGGUUGUGAAGUUGACAUUUUGUAGGACACUUGGGUUUUGUAGAGCGUGUCUUCAGUUUUACCUGUGUGUGUCAUGUCCCCGAAUCACACUUUCACUACUGUAUGAGUUCCCUGAGACCUGCAAGCUUCCCAGUACAGCAGCGCGCGGGCGACUCAAGAACCAUUUGUGUGGGACUACUACUACAACGAAACAAGCAUCAGAAUAUUAUCAUUAUUUCUUGGUAUUCAUUAUGCGUCUAGUGUCAUAAAAUGUCCCAAUGAGAUAACCGGACUUUGAUGACUGGAAUGAAGCUUGCCUUUGUUUCCUUGAGUUUAGUGAAAGACGUCCGGAGACACCAAUCUCAGCUGCGGCCUGUUUGAUGAGUUUGUUCAAAGAGCGUCUUGGUUGCAAUAUGUAUCGGCAGUCACUUCUUCCUCUCUCAGUUUGAUGCGUGACUCAUGAAGCUAUUCACUUUACCUAAGAUUACAUUCAGACAUGCUGUGUUUGUCCAAAGAAUUGCACCGUACUUCCAUUACACUUAUAUCAUAUCUGCCAUACACUGCGUAUUAUUUAUUAGAGAAACACCUUUGAAUUUCUUCCUCUGCUUCACCGGCACUUUGCACCAAGCCUUGGUGGUUCUUGAUACGAGUUACUUUUGAGAAAGACUGGUGACGUGCACGCUGUCAGGUUACUGCAGAUCAUGGUCGUGUGUAGCAUUGUGCAGUGACUUGUUCGAUAAGUGUAUUACCACUUUAUUACUGCUUACACAGUGACCAGUGGCUUCACAGAAUUCAGACUAUAAAACCCCAGCAACUACGUUCAAAGAGAAAAAAAAUAAGAUAUUUUCCUGUCAUGAACUUUGAAGGACACCAGGCUCUUCAACCCAAGAACUUACCCAGUGGUGUCUUACGACGGUCACUUUUCCCCUAGUUAGGUGACAUUCUGAUGGCUCCAAAAGAAAAAUAUCCAUGGCUGGGUAAUUUCUUGAAUCCUGAGGGGCCUAUAACUACCUGGGACUUCUAAGACUGGCUUUUAAUGGAUCUGUCUUGUGGACGAAACCUUGAAACCCACAGAGAAUCCAAGAAGCCACGAAUGUGUCAACUCAGUUAAUGGAUCUUGACACAAAGCACUUCCUCCUCUUGAUGGAAGUGAUGGUGUAUUGUGUAUUCUUCCCUCCCUCAGCGCGUCCCCUUGACAGAUAACCUACUCGCUCAUUUCGUGUAAACCCCGCCCCUCCCUGCCUAUGAUUCCUUUUUCAGUGGUAUCUGAUGUAUGUUCCCUCCCUUGUCCCGAGUCCUUGAGGCCCAAUAUUAUACAUGGGCGACUCCAGUGGCUGUUAUUAGGUGUUGCAACCCUCGUGCCUCCCACCCUUAGGUGUUGCCCCCGCUGCCCCCUCCCCUGUGACGUAGACACAGUCGAUGUUUUUUCUUUUUUUCUUCCAUAAGUGAUCACUGUGCUCUUUGGCACCUUGAUGGUGUUGCCAUAUAUUUUUUUUUCUGAGUGGUUUCUAGUGUUGCCAUCAUCUUAGUGGUCCCUUCUACAGUGUUGCCACACCUUAGUGGUCCCUAUAAGCGGCUAUGCCACCUCCCCAGUGGUCCCUGCACACUGGUGCCACACCCCAAUGGCUCCUACACAGUUGAGCCACUUCAGUCAUGUCCGGAGUGUCAUCCUCCGUGGCCUCUGCCAUAUUAUAUUACUUCCUUAGUGGACCCUUUACAGUGCUGUCACGCCUCAGUGGCUCCCUUAGCGUGCCACACAUUGGUGGUCCCGCCAAGGCGGUACCAGUGGUCAUCAAUAGCGUGCCACUCCUCGUGGUCCCUAUAGCGCUCCCAUCCCUUGUGGUUCCCAACAGUGUUCAGACACUUCUUCCAUGGUCCUUGUAAAUUGUUGCCACUCCAGUGCUCCCUUACAGUGUUACCAGAUCUUCAGCAGUGAACCAGUACAGCAUUUUCAAUUCCCCUCCCCAAGUAACCUUACCGGUGUUGCCAUAUUUUCCUGGUGGUUUACCUCCUAUGGUGCCACUUCCCCAGUGCUCCCUCUACAUGUUGCCAUAUCCAGUACUCCUCAUACAAUGUUACCACUUGACCAGUGGUCCCUCUACAGUGUUGCCACCUUCUCCUCAGUGGUCCCUCUACAGUGUUACCACCUCCGCGCUUGGCGGUGUAUGGGCGCGGUGUUGCUGUAGUUCUUCCACGUUGUGUGUCGUCUCGUAUAGUUUGUGGUGUGUGUGCUGUGAGACACACAGACAGACAAACAGACGGUCAGGUGGUUGGGGAGUGUGAGUGAAGAGUGAGCGUGAGGCGUGAGGGUGGUGGCGAUGGGCCCAAGACUUUUAGUCAUGAGCUCACUGCCACCACCACCAGGACUGGCCUGCGUGGCGGCCAGCUCCUGCCUCCCUCACGCUGGACGAGUGUAGUGUGAGUGUGUGAUGUGAAGGUGGCAGCUGCCACUCAGUCGGCUAGCCAGCUGACCAGCCUCCGCGAUGCGGGGUCCGGACUGCUGCUCCUGCCGCUACUGUUGCUGGCACUGCCGAGAGUCGUCAUAUCCAGCCAGGGUCCACCGCAUAUCCGCCAGGCGGCCGUCCCGCCCACACGCAUCUGCGGGCCGCGCCUCCUGGCCCGGGCCGCACUCGUGGUGGCCCCCCUGGCCCUGGGCCCGCGCCGCCCGCUUUAGCAGCACAGCACUGGCGGGGGUGCGGGCCGGGCCACCCCACGCGCCACCCGGGGCUCAGUUGUUCUUCGAACAAUUGGGUGGCGCGCGGGGCCGUCGACAAUCGCGUGUUGUUGUGUCGCUGUGGCUUGUGGUGCAGCGGACGGUGCGCGCGGCUCACCCAGCCGUCGCUGCCGGGAGACCCGCGGCCAGGUGGACCGCCCGGGCCACCCGGCACCGACCUGCUGUCCCGCCCGCGCCGCCCACCGCCCAGAACACGCCCACACAUGUCAGUAUUUAUUCAGUUUAACCUGCAAUAAAAGUCAAAUCUAUAUUCAUGUGGAUUAUAGAGUGAUAACAUUCGUGAACAUAUAGAAUAUUACAUGUACAAAUAUA